GAAAAUUCGACAGGAAGUGAAGUAACGCAGAGUAAAAGGAGGCGCAAAGUAUCCGCGAGAGGCUAAUUGAGACGGACACUCGUGGAAAAUGGAUGACAGCGAAGACAGCGAUGGAGAAGGAGGUUUGGGAAACGUGAGCAGAGUCGUGAUAAGACCUCCGGGGCACAGUGGAAAGGCGAAGAGAGGUCACUUGUGCUUCGAUGCCGCCUUCGAGACUGGCAAUCUGGGUCGAGCUGAUCUUGUGGGUGAAUUCGAGUAUGAUCUCUUCCUACGCCCCGAUACUUGUAAUCCACGCUAUAGGUUCUGGUUCAACUUCACCGUGGACAAUGUGAAGCAAGAUCAGCGAGUCAUUUUCAAUGUGGUCAACAUUAACAAGAAGCGCAAUCUCUUCAAAGACGGCAUGACACCUCUGGUGAAGUCUUCAGGUCGACCCAAAUGGCAGAGACUUUCCAAAUCCUUGGUGUUCUUCUACAAAUCACCUAUGCAUCAAAAUAACUACGUUCUCAGCUUCAGCUUUGCCUUUGAUCGCGAGGAUGAAGUCUAUCAAUUCGCCCUGGCGCCACCUUACAGCUAUUCUCGUUUGCAAUCCUAUCUCUCGGUCUUGGAGACAAAGUUUCCUGAGCACAGAUUCCAGAGAACAACACUUUGCCAUAGCUUGCAAAAUAGGAAGCUAGAGCUACUGACGAUUGAUCAUGUGGAGAAGCCAGACAAAGUAGAUAGCAAGAACAAGCUCAGAGUUAUAUUCAUUUUGGCCAGAACACAUUCCGGUGAGUCUCCCACGUCGUUUGUCAUCCAAGGCCUCAUAGAGUUCCUAAUUGGCAAUCAUCCGAUUGCCCAAAUAUUACGAUCCAACUUUAUCUUCAAAAUCAUACCGAUGGUUAACCCUGAUGGAGUGUUCCUGGGGAACAACAGGUGUAAUCUUAUAGGUCAGGAUAUGAACAGAACCUGGCACGUUGCUACUGAGUAUUCACAUCCAACCUUGUGGGCUACGAAAAAGUUGUUCAAAGAGUUUGAUCAAUCUGAUUGUUAUCAAAUUGAUUUUGUCAUUGAUCUUCAUGCUCACGCUAAUUUACUAGGAUCCUUCAUGUACGGAAACACUUAUGAGGAUGUGUAUAGAUACGAAAGGCAUCUAGUUUUUCCCAAGAUUCUCUCAACCAAUGCUGGAGACUGGAUAUCGGAGAACAUGAUGUUCAAUGCUGACGACAAGAAGACUGGAAGCGUGCGUCGGUUUUGCUGUGAGAAACUGAGCGACAAUGUAAACGCCUAUUCUUUAGAAGUGUCAAUGUGUGGUUUCUUCCUUAAGGGCACUCAGACCAUGACUCAAUACACGGACGACGGAUAUAUGAGACUGGGCAGAAACCUAGCCCGAACGUUCUUAGAAUACUAUCGCUUCAUAAACGUUCUGCCUGUACCUUUAACGUCGGAAGUCAGGUCGAAGCGGGGUCGGCCAAAGACUCACUGCGCUCGAGCCAGAUCCAGAAUUCGGCGAGAGGUGCAAACCCGUCCCAAAACUACAAGGACCUACGCGCCUAUAAGCUACAAAGAUCUCUCGGUUUGCUAUGACAGCGAUACUUCCUAUGAGGGCUCUCCAAUACGUAACAACUAUCACGGUUAUGGUUUUGGCACACGAUCUACGGGAAACAUUUACUUGAAUCAAGAUCAAUUCUCUCUCUUGCACAUUCAAUCUUCCAAGUUCAAUACGCUGGACUUCUCUAACGAAUUGCGCCCGAGAGCUUCCACCAAAUCUCCGCCAAGGAUACGCACAGCCUUCAACAAAAACGAUGACAAUGUAACUCUACCUCCUAAGCCUUAUCUUACUAUCAUUGACUUCAAUCAACUGACAAGGGGUGGACUGGAACAAGCGGCUAAGACCAAGACUUCCUCCAUUGAUUUGCCCAAGGUUCGAUCAUCCAGCAAGAACAGACUUCCUUCAAAGCUAUAA